AUGAUAGAUCAGACCAUCGCGGAGUUGGAGAAGAAAUUGGCGACGGCGAGGGCAAAACAAGAGACCGUGUCGGAUGGAUCUCCAAAGUCGGCGAAUUCGGCGAAAGCCGAUAAAUAUUUCAUGGUCAUCGGAAUAAAUACCGCGUUCAGUACGAGAAGGCGAAGAGAUUCGAUUCGCGAAACGUGGAUGCCACAAGGAGAGAAGAGAGAGAAGUUGGAAAAAGAGAAGGGUAUAGUCAUCCGCUUUGUAAUUGGUCGCAGUAUGAAACCCGGUGGUGCUUUGGAUGAAUCUCUUGACGAGGAAGAAAAGCUUUAUAAUGACCUUUUGAGACUGGAUCAUGUUGAGGCCUACCUAGAAUUAUCGGCCAAGACAAAAAAAUACUUUGCCACUGCCGUCUCGUUGUGGGAUGCCGAGUUCUACAUCAAGGUGGAUGACGAUGUUCAUGUCAACUUAGCAACACUUGGCAUGAUCCUAGCAGGACAUCGAUUCAAACCUCGUAUUUACGUUGGUUGCAUGAAGUCGGGCCCUGUUCUUUUUCGAAAAGGAGUGAAAUAUCACGAACCAGAGUUUUGGAAGUUUGGCGACGUGGGCAACAAUUAUUUUCGUCAUGCGACCGGACAAUUAUAUGCAAUUUCAAACGAUUUGGCUUCUUAUAUAUCCACAAAUCAUGAUGUGUUGCACAAGUAUGCAAACGAGGACGUUUCACUCGGGUCUUGGAUCAUCGGCUUAGAUGUCGAGCACGUCGACGACCGUCGGCUCUGCUGCAGCACUCCACCAGAUUGCGAGUGGAAGGUGAUAGCCGGGUCGACCUGCGCGGCGUCGUUCGAUUGGAGAUGCAGCGGGAUAUGCAGGUCUGUGGAGAGACUGAAGGAAAUUCACGAGCUUUGUGGAGAGGACGAGGAUGCCUUGUGGAGUGCCAGCUUCUGA